UGCGCGAACCUGGUAGACUGAAAACGCUCAGAUCAAGAUGGCGUCUUCCAUGAGUGGGAUGUUUUCUGGUCAGCAGCCGUCUGGCGCGCAUCCCGUAGGGGGUCCCGGUGGACCGGGCCAGCCAGGCUUCCCUGGUACAGCUCCCAGAGUCCAGGGAAGCAACACUCUGGUGGAUGAACUGGAAGCCUCCUUUGAGGCGUGUUUUGCUUCCCUGGUAAGCCAAGACUACGUUAAUGGAACUGACCAGGAGGAGAUCAGAACUGGUGUUGACCAGUGCAUACAGAAGUUCCUGGACGUGGCUCGACAGACAGAGUGUUUCUUCUUACAGAAGAGGCUUCAGUUAUCUGUGCAGAAACCGGAGCAGGUGGUGAAAGAGGAUGUGUCAGAGUUACGUAAUGAGCUACAGAGGAAAGAGUUACUGGUUCAGAAACACUUGGCCAAACUGCACCACUGGCAGCAAGUGCUCGAAGAUGUGAGCGUUCAGCACCGAAAACCCUCAGACCUCCCCCCUCCCGGACCCCUGGCCUUUCUGGAGCAGGCCUCGGCGAAUCUGCCCCCUGCCCCUUUAAAACCAAACUAACAAACCAAAGGUACGGUCACAUUAGUGUUCUGUUUUAUAAAAUUUGUUGAUGAUGUUGAACUCUGACCUGCAAGUCAGCGGCAGCCGGCUGGAGAUUGACACGAGAACACACGCCUGCGUUCAUCAGCUUUACAGGCUUGAAGUGACUUGGAGAUGUAGCGAAUAUUCACAGAAAUGUAUUGUGACCGUACCUACACAAGUAAAUCAUGACAUACCUGUUUUGAUUUGUGUAAAUAUUUUUGUUGCCAGCAUUUUUCUUACUGUAAGAAUAAAAUAUUCAAUAUUUUGAACCUUGA